GAGAAUUGGGCUCUGUUGAUUCUUAGAACUGGGGUUCUUAGAAGUGGUGAUGCAAGGAGUUUCUAGGAAAGCCCGGAGACCAGGUUUGAAAGAAACUUUUGGACUGUGAAUUGAGGCAUUGGACUCAAGAUGGCCUCACCAGCAGACAGCUGCAUCCAGUUCACCCGCCAUGCAAGCGAUGUCCUCCUCAAUCUCAACCGCCUUAGAAGCCGGGACAUCUUGACCGAUGUUGUCAUCAUUGUGAACCGGGAACAGUUCAGAGCUCAUAAAACAGUCCUCAUGGCCUGCAGUGGCCUCUUCUACAGCAUCUUCACUGAUCAGCUUAAAUGCAACUUGAAUGUCAUCAAUUUAGACCCUGAAAUCAACCCUGAGGGGUUUUGCAUCCUCUUGGACUUCAUGUACACAUCCCGCCUGAACUUGAGGGAGAACAAUAUCAUGGCUGUGAUGGCCACAGCACUGUACCUGCAGAUGGAGCACGUGGUUGAUACUUGCCGAAGGUUUGUCAAAUCUAGUGAAGCUGAAAUGGUGUCUGCUAUGAAGACUCCAAGGGAAGAGUUUCUGGCUGGCCGGAUGCUGAGUCACCCAGAGGUGAUGGCUUAUCGGAGCAGAGAGAUCUCAGAAAGCAGCAUGCACCUCCGAAAUGGGUCCCUUUGUGAUGGGAGAGCCUUUGCACCUGGCUUGUUCAAUAGCCUGUCUGGAUCCUCCAUUUCCUACCCUGGAUACAGCCCCCUCCCUCUAAAUGGCUUCCUUGUGGAUGAUGAGUUGCGGGAGAUGCGGAUGCCCCUCUCCGAACUCUCAAGGGCGAGUGCCUUCCCCAAGGAGAGGAUUCUGCCAUGCGACAGCUCUCGGACAGUCCCCACAGAGUACAUGAGAACCAUCACCGACAUCUCAGCCAACAUGUGCCAUGCCACGAUUUAUGCUCCAAAAGAAGCUGCUGCUGAAGAAGCCAGGAGUGACAUGCACUACAGCGUAGCCUCUGGCCCCAAACCUGUUGUCCCCUCGGUCCGAAACAACUCCUACUUCUCUUGCGACAAAGUGGCCAAAGAGGAGGAGCGGACAUCUUCAGAAGAUGAGAUCAGCCAGCACUUUGAGCCCACCAACACCCCCUUGGACCGCAAGGGACUCAUUAGCCCCCAGAGCCCCCAGAAGUCAGACUGUCAGCCCAACUCGCCGACGGAGUCCAGCAGCAGCAAGAACGCCCGUAUUGGUCAGAGCUCUAGCUCUCUUGCCACCAAGAGCCCCACAGACCCCAAAGCCUGCAACUGGAAGAAGUAUAAGUUCAUUGUCCUCAACUCUCUCAAUCAGAGCACCAAGCAAGAUGGUGCUGAUCAGAAUGAGAUGGGAACCCUCUCUCCUCGCACUUACAUGCCCAUGUCCACCUGCCAGCAGUCCAUGGAGCCAGAACACCUCAAUGUGCAAUCCCCUACCAAGAUGAGUGUGAGUGGAGAAGAUUCCACUAUCCCACAAGCGAGCAGACUCAACAACAUUGUUAACAGGUCCCUGGAUGGGUCCCCUCGGAGCAGUGAAGGGCAGUCCCCGCUGUACAUGCAUUCAUCGAAGUGCAGCUCCUGUGGCUGCCAGUCCCCACAACAUGCUGAGAUGUGCCUUCACACCCCUGGCUCAACCUUUGGAGAAGAGAUGGGGGAAACCCAGUCUGAAUACUCUGACUCCAGUUGCGAGAACGGAGCCUUCUUCUGCAACGAGUGUGACUGCCGGUUCUCCGAAGAGGCCUCUCUCAAGAGACACUCUCUGCAAGUGCACAGCGAUAAGCCCUACAAGUGUGAUCGCUGCCAGGCCUCCUUCCGAUACAAGGGGAACCUCGCCAGCCACAAAACCGUCCACACGGGGGAAAAGCCGUAUCGCUGCAACAUCUGCGGGGCGCAGUUCAACCGGCCGGCCAACCUGAAAACCCACACGCGCAUCCACUCCGGCGAGAAACCGUACAAGUGCGAGACGUGCGGAGCCCGCUUCGUCCAGGUGGCCCAUCUCCGUGCUCACGUGCUAAUUCACACCGGGGAGAAACCCUACCCGUGCGAAAUCUGCGGCACGCGCUUCCGGCAUCUGCAGACCCUCAAAAGUCACCUUCGAAUCCACACGGGAGAGAAGCCCUAUCAUUGUGAGAAGUGCAACCUGCACUUCCGCCACAAGAGCCAGCUGCGGCUGCACCUGCGGCAGAAGCACGGGGCCAUCACCAACACCAAGGUGCAGUACCGCGUCUCGGCGACCGAGGUGCCUCCGGAGCUCCCCAAGGCGUGCUGAGGCCCCCGCGCGCAUUGGCGUGGGAAGCUGUCCAAAGGAUACUUGCAACACUUUAAAAAAAAAGAAGGAAAAAAGAAAAAGAAAAAAAAAAAGAAAAAAAAAAUCAUCAUAUGAUGGAGUGCCUCUAAACCCAUAGUGCAGAUAGGAAAAAAAAAAUUAGAAAUGGAAAAAAUACACGGGUUUUAUUUUUUUUCCCAGUUAUGUGAAACUAAAAUAAAAAUUAUUCAGAUCUUAUUGUAUAUAAAACAUGAAAAUAAAAAAUAGUCAUUUUAAAUGUCUGUGCAGUGGAGUGUUGAUAAACUCUGGAGUCUAACCUUCACAGCCUUUGCCGUUUGAAGAUGAGGAAUGUAAUGUUGAUUUAUGGGAACAGAUUUUUUCUUUUGUAUGCAAAAUGUGUGUUCUUUUAAAGAGAAAGUAUGCUAUUACAGAGAGGGCUUUAACUUUUUUAACCAAAGGUGAAGGAAUCUAUGGCAGAGUUGUAAAUAUAUAUAGAUAUAAAUAUAUAAAUAUAUAUAUAAUAAAUAUAUAUAGACCUUUAAAAAAAGCUAUAUUAAAAAUAUAUAAAAUGCAUUAAAGGCUCAGUUGGACUCUGCAGGCAGAAGCCACUCUGAGAAUCUUUAUUAUGAUAGAGCACUUAACAAGAUAUUUUAAAGUAUUGCAUCUGUACAAGUAAGAAAAUAUUUUGUCUAAAUGCAUCAGUGUAUUUGUAUUUUUUUGCAAGUGAAGGUUUACAAUUUACAAAAAAAGUGUGUAUUAAACCAACAAAGCUGCAGAAGGAAUUUAAAAUAAUAAUAAAGUGUAAUUUUUUUUUGUUCUAGUUCUCAGUCUGUAUAUAUGUAAAAUGUGGUUUCGCACGGUGCCUUUCUUUUCAAUGGAAGUUUUCAAUGUAUGGACUAUAUUGAGCUCAGUUUCUUCAAGGUACAGCCUGACGUUGCAAAAGGAGUUUUGGUGGAACUCUCUAUUGGGGAAUGUUUUAUUUUUUUG